AUGGUUAAAAAUACAGACUUGUCUUCAGCUAUAAGCAUUAGUGAUGAUGAUUCUGACUUUUCACCAGACUCUGUUUCUUCAGCUAUUACAAGUUGUAGUGAUCGCGCUAAAGAAAGGGUUAAAGAAACAGUUAAAGAUAUGGUUAAAAAUACAGACUUUUCUUUGGCUAUAAGCGUUAGUGAUGAUAAUUCUGACUUUUUACCAGACCCUGUUUCAUUAGAUGAAGAUUCUAAUCUUGGUUCAAAAUUCAAAGCCAAAAUUAUAAUUAAAUAUAUCAAUAAUAAUAAUUUGGAUAAAAAUAACAUUCAAGUCUCUUAUAAAAUCAAUAGUCGCAGACAAGCAAUAGCUUUAGACGACAAAGAUGAUUAUAAUACGUUUAUUAGUGAAUGUAAAAAAAUAGCAACGUCAAGCAAAUAUAUGAAAUUAAUUGAAGAAUUCAGUGAUUUGGAUAAACAAACACCAAAAAAAAUAAUUAAAAAAUUAAAAACAGGUUUUGUACCCAAAGAAUCCAAACUUAGUAAUGAUGAAAUCGAACUAGCCAAUUUUAUUACAGAAAUUAGAUCAAAAUAUCAAUGCAACAUUCACGCUACGCCUGUUAUAUUGAAGAUGAUAAACAUCUUGCAUUAA